CGCAGUCAGCAUCUGGAGCCUGUCCUCAAAAGCAAAGAUACUCCCUCAAACUUGAUGUAAAAGGUGGAAGGAUCUACAAUGAACAGAAUUUCUUCCAGCGAGCUGCGAAGGCGGCCACAGUGGAGAAGUGGAGGAAGGGGCACUCUGUGCCGUUGCUGGGAAUACCCAAUUGCGUUGGCUUUGGACUGCAUGCAGAGAGCUACAGGUUUUUGGUGUUCUCUGACUUAGGGCGAACUCUUCAGUCUGUCCUGAAUGAUGGCUUGCACCUACUGAGGGAGAAGGCAGCUUUUCAGAUUGUAGUCCGGCUGCUGGACUGCCUGGAGUACAUCCAUGAGAACGAGUAUGUGCACGGGGACAUCACAGCUGAGAACAUAUAUUUGAACCCAGAAGACCACACGCAGGUGACCCUUGCAGGCUAUUGCUUUGCCUUCCGUUACUGCCCAGGAGGGAAGCACGUGGCUCGGUGCGAAGGCAGCAGGACCCCUCAUGAAGGCACAAUAGAGUUCAUCAGUGUGGACAGCCACAAGGGAGCUGGACCAUCUCGGCGGAGUGACUUGGAAUCUCUGGGCUACUGUCUUCUGAAAUGGCUCUGUGGCUUCUUACCUUGGUCUGAUGAGCUGGACAAAGUAGAAACUGUGAUGGAGAAGAAGGAAAAGUACAGAGAGGAUGUGAAAUGCCUUCUCCGACUGUGCUUCAGGCAGAGAUCCAUUCCAGAUGCCCUACAGAGCUACCUGCAGCAAGUAAUGGUGCUGGAGUAUGAGGUGAAGCCUGACUAUGAGGCCCUGCGGCAGCUCUUCAAGAAACCACUGGAAAAGAUGAAAGCUUCAGCUUAUGACUCUGUGGAUAUCAAAAUGGUGCCCUGA